UUCUGGAAAAGUCUAAAGCCACGGGCAUUCUCAUCCUGUGAAUCAUUGCGUCAACAUCAGCCAGCCUCCCAGUAUAUAAACCUAACAGAGCAAGCACAGUUCAUCAGCAAGAAAGAGAAAGGAUCAAAUAAGGACUGUUAUAGAGCAUCGAAAAUCUCAUCACCAAAGAUGAAGAUCUCAUGGUGUUUACUGGGGCUUUCUGUCCUCUGCCUCUUUGUUGAGUCUUUGUUUCCCCCUACUAGAGAGGAUCUCAAUCAGAUCUCUAUGCUCGGUGAGAAGUACCUGGACAAACAGAUUAAAAAUGCCAUCAAUGGAGUGAAGGAUAUGAAGACUGUGAUGGAGAGAUCAGGGGAGGAUCAUAAGAAGUUUGUGACUGAACUGGAGAAAACCAAAGAAGAGAAAGAGUAUGCCCUAAAGACGGCUCAGGAAAUGGAAGAGAAACUAAAAGAAGAACAGAGCAUGUGUAAUGAAACCAUGCAGGCUCUGUGGGAGGAGUGCAAGCCAUGUCUGAGAAACACCUGCAUUAAAUAUUACUCUCGCACCUGCAGCAGUGGAGCCGGCCUGGUGGGACGGCAGCUGGGAGAAGUUCUGAACAGGACCUCUCCCAUGUCAAUCUGGAUCAACGGGCAGAACAUCGAGACUCUGGUGGACCAGGACCAGCAGCAGACAAGACACUUCCAGGACCUGGAGGAACGCUACACGGAGGUCGCCGAUGGAGUGGAUAACAUCUUCAAGAACAGCAUGAAGGUGUUCGACCACAUGCGUGUUUUCCAUCAGCCCGCUUUCCACCAGCCGCCUUUCUUCCCCAGCGCUUUCCAUAUGCCCAGCAUCUUUGGAAGACAAGUUCCAGCAGCAAGCCGGGCUGCCCGUGUUUACCGGUCCCCCAUGCAUGAUCCCGGGUUUCACAACUUCCAUAGCAUGUUCAACCCCAUGAUGGACAUGGCAAGAAACAUGUUUGGAUCAAUCGAGCCCUUCAUGGGAACCGACAUGGAUUUCCCCGAGGAUGGGAACACGAAUGAGGACGUUAUCGAAACAAGACCGUUCGGAAAUGACAAAAUGACCUGCAGGGAGAUCCGUCGUAAUUCUGCCGGCUGCAUUAAACUAAAAGAAGAAUGUGAGAAAUGUAAAGAGAUUCAGCACAUCGAUUGUUCCGGAAAGCGGCCCCUGGAGGGACCCCUGAAAGCAGAGCUGGAGAAGGCUCUCGCCAGGGCUGAAAGAUUCACCCAGGAGUACAACAACGUUAUGAGACGAUUUGAAGAGCAGAUGUUCAACACGUCAAGUCUGCUAGACAUGUUCAACAAGCAGUUCGGCUGGGUGUCGUCUCUGGCGAACCACACCACAAAUGAGGACGGAUUUUUCCAAAUACAGGCAGUGAUGUCCAAAGGCACAGAUAGUGUUGGGAACCCAGCUGACACGAAAGUGUCAGUGAAGCUGUUCGAUGGUCCAGACAUGAGCUUCACAGUGCCAGGAGACAUUCUCUGGAGCGAUCCAAAAUUCUCAGAGGUGGUGGCACAAGAGGCUUUGGAUCGCUACAAAGAGGACACCGUAAUCACAAACUAAAGGUUUUGGAAGACGGGUACUUUCAGUGAAGGAGAGCUGCUCCAAGAAAUCCUUCUAGAUGAAUAUUACCGCCAGAUAUUGAGAGAUGUUUUACUCAUGUGGAUUUCUGUUGUCUAACAACACAGCUACUGUCACCCUGCUUAACCUGCAGAGACCCUAAAGAGAUUGUAUAGAAUAUGUGCUUAUGAACUUAUAAUCAACUGUACAUUGUCAAAUACAAUAAAACAAACCAAAAUCAACA